UAGAGAAUGUAAAUAUGAUUUUAUUACUCUGUUUUUUGGUGUUCUGGUGAGAUUGAUUUUAAAUUGAUUAUUGCGAUUUUUUAAAAUAUAAUCACUUUGUCUUUACUGAAAAAUGAUGUACUAUUAAUGUCGUAAUAUCCUUAAAGAUAUUGUGUAUGGGAUUUUUGGCAGGAGAAAGUAAAAUUUUACCAUUUCUUGCGACCUCUCAAAGGCAUUCGAUACAAUGAAUAGACCACUACUUUUAUAAAAACGAGUUGUAUGGGAUUAGAUGUGUUUGUUGCUCUGAACCUAUUUAACUCUUUAGUGACAGUUAUCAAAGAACAAAAAUGUUAGCUUGUUCUAAUGUUGGUGUUCUAAUAUUGGGCUAGCAGAAAACGCCUGUAAAGUUAUACAGUUAGCAGAUAUGUCUGCAGUAGUCAGGGAGUGUGAUCUGCAGACUGCAUAUACCCAUGUAAAAGAUUGUAUAAGUAAUUAAAUAAUUGGAAUAAUAACAAUAGAUUAAAAAUUAAUGAAAAAACCCCAAAUAGUAUCUUUCAAGUCUGGACAGAAUUGCCGUACUUGUAGAGAUUUAUCAAUCACUGAUGGAGUAAAAUUUCAAGAUUUUUCUAUAGAUACUAAAUUCAGCUUGCUUUUCAAUAAAAGUAUUAUUGGAUUGUAUAUAUAACAUAUAAAAAACAGUUUACUUUAUUAAUUUUCAUAGUAUCAUGAUAUUUGGGCUGGCAAUCUGGGGUGGUACAACUUUGACAGAAUAUGUAGAAUCCAGGAAAGGCUUUCGGAGUUAUCAAUAAGAAAUGUUUGAUAACCUUUAUACUUUAUACAACUCCAAACCUUUAUACUUUAAAAAAUGAUAUACCAAAUAAAAUUAUUUUUGAAAUCGGUAAGUUUUAUUUCAAUACUCGACAUUUCAUAAUCCUUUCCAUAACUUAAAACAUUCGCCGUUUAAUAUGGCUUUUAUGUUAAUUUUUCAUCCUUGGGAAGAGUAAUUUUGAAUGACCAUGACCACAGAGUUUAAUAUCGGGACCUUAUUCCUCAUUUAUGUAGCAAGUCUUCCAUCUUGUUGGCCUGGUAGAAAACAUCUGUGAAGUUUUAGUGAAAAUCACUAACUCUUAACAUCAUAAACGGUGUUUAAAAUAUGAAAUACUUAUAAAACAUGAAAUAAAUUAGUAAAAUCAAAUAGGUAAAUCCCCAAUGUCUUAAUUAAAGUUGCCAAAUAAGUUUUAUCUCCUCAUUCGUAACCUAAAAGACAAUUCAUCUACAGAAGUAUAUGAAAGUAACAAACAGCCACCAAUAAAACCAUCAAUAGAACUAAAGUUUACAGUUUGUAUUUAACACAGUUUUCUGUUAAAAAAAUCUAUUUUCAGAAGUGCUAUCUUAUGUAAGACAGUCUGUAAUUAACAUAAUUAAAUAUUGAUUAAUGAUUAUUAAUAUUGAUUUUCAGGUAAUUGAAAUAAAAAAUUUUAUUUUAAUGUUUGAAUAACUGGAAAUGGAUAAGUUUAAGAUGGACAAAAGUAUUUCACCUGAAAAAUACAACAGGCCAAUUCUUUAUUCCUUAGUAAGCCCCAAAAAGUGUGAAAGACCUGUAGAAUCCACUGAGAGUAGCCCUAGUCAUAACAAAUAUACUCAAGAUUCUCCUAGUAAAUUUUGUUGUAAAUCAGUCAAUACAAAGUUGAGUGACAGGCCAUCAGGUCUGAGUGUUGACUGCACUGCAACUGCAUGUGAGCCACUUUCUUCUCAAGAAUUAUCAAAUCUACCAUCAAAAGAAUAUCUGUCAAGAAUGGUUAAUAAUUGUGAUGAAAUACAAAGUUCAUCAAAUGUAUCUCAUAAGAUUGAUUUUACUUCUCAUGGCCCUGUAACACCUAGUAUGACUGCUUCACCAGACAGACACAGAAGAACAUCAAGUACACCGUUAUUGUCAAACUUAGACCCGAACACUUCAAAGCGAUCUAUCAAGAUGGACCGAACAUCUAUCCCCUCCAUGACACCAGGCACGUCACGAACCAAGGGACGAGGAUGUAUUGGAGGAGUGAAGAUGCCCAUAGCUGGUGUUGAAGUAGAGUUUCCAUUUCAGCCGUAUCCAACUCAGAUAUAUAUGAUGAACCAGGUCUUACAGGCGAUCAAGAAAGCUGAGAACUGUCUACUGGAGAGCCCAACGGGUACUGGCAAAACUAUGGCACUCCUCUCUUCGUGUUUAGCCUGGCAGCAACAAGAACUUAAGCUGGUGAAACAGCUUGAGUUGGAAGCACUGGACAAAGCUUUUGAAGACACAGAAACGGCUAUAAACAAAGGUGAAAGCAAUAUUAAAAAAACACCUAUGAGAAGGGAAACAGGACAACAAGAAACAAAAAACAACACUCCUUCAGUACAUCCUAGUAGUGAGAGUUCUUCUGAUGAUGACAUAUUUCAAGCACCGAAAAGAACAAAAAGGAGUUUGGGCAGUGAGGAGCCCAAGGAUACAGUGACUGCAACCAAAGAAACUGGCCCCUCCGAAACCUGUGAUAUUGACAUAGUAAAACCAAUAGAACAUUUUUCACUAAUAGAAAAAGAUUAUGCUGAUCCAAAGAAAUUCAGGGCUACACAAAUAUUUUAUGGGACAAGAACUCACAAACAAAUUGCUCAAGUGGUAGACCAGCUCAAGAGAUCUCCAUAUGCUAAGGACAUCAAUAUGACCAUCUUAGCAGCUAGAGACCACACCUGUGUUAAUGACAUGGUGAGAGGUAAACCAAAUGUCACCGAACUCUGCAAAGCUGCCAUUGACCCUGUUAUGGGUGUAAGCUGUUUAUAUUAUGGUGGAUCUUCAAAGAUUUCAAAUUUUGAAUCCCUGUCAAAUUAUGGUCUUCCCAUAGUUUAUGACAUUGAAGAUAUGGUCUGUGUAGGGAAGAAAAGGAGAGUCUGUCCUUACUUUACACUUCGCAACUUAGUUACUCAAGCGGGCAUUAUCUUUUGUCCUUAUAACUAUCUAAUAGAUCCCAGGAUUCGAUCAUCUAUGAAUGUAAACCUAACCAAGAGCAUUGUGAUAAUGGAUGAAGCUCACAAUAUUGAAGACAUCUGUAGAGAGGCAGGAAGCCUUCUACUGAAGCAAUCAGACCUGGAAGAGGCUAUGUCGGAAUGCAGGGAUAACAUUAAGAAAGAUAGAAAUCCCGAAGAGUAUAAAAUCAUUGAAGACUUUCUACAGAGUUUAUACUCUUGGUUGGAUUCAUUAGGACCCACUGUUCAGUACUCGGACAUGAAUGAAGCCAAAACAACCAUGACAGGAGAAGAUGUUGUAAACAGACUACACUUAAGCAACGUUUCACAAGAAAAUUUCCAAAUAUUUCAGGAUAAUUUGGAGAAAAUAGAAACUACUAAGGCUGAACAACCUGAUUUGAAUUACGGAAUUAGUGGAAAAAUUAAACUACUAUGUGAUGACAUUGUGGUGGUACUAAAUUAUCUGUAUAAUCCCAAGAACAUUAGCAAGUAUAAAGCUUACCUGAACCGAGAAGUAGGGAGCAAUGAACGAAAGGAGCAAAAAAAGAAUGAAUGGUUCACAAAGCCCAGCGGGAGGAGAGGACAGUCAGGGAGGGAGGAGGAGAGGGUAUGGAAGUACUCCCUUCACUUGUUGUGCCUAAGUCCGAAUAUAGUGUUCAGCGAACUUUUGGGAGCGAGAACUAUAGUGCUAGCAUCUGGUACCCUGUCACCUCUCGACUCCUUUCAAGCUGAACUGGCAGUCAAGUUCCCCUGGGUUGUCAAGGGAAGACAUGUGGUACCAGGGCAAAAUUUAUUUGCUUCAACUGUGUCUUCUGGUCCACAAAGAGUUGAUCUGAAAGGUGUAUUUGAGAAUGUAAACAGGUAUGAUUACCAAGAUGAGUUAGGGAGGACUAUCCUGGAAACUUCAAAAGUUGUUCCCCAUGGUGUUUUAUGUUUUUUCACAUCUUACUCUUUAAUGGACAGACUACAACAAAGAUGGACGUCAACUGGACUCUUGGAAGAAUUAAGUGAAGUAAAAGAAAUAUUUUGGGAGCCCAGAAGAAAACAAGAUAUGAACUCUGUAAUGGAUGACUUCAAUGCAAGAAUAAAAAUUUCCACUGAAUUUCCUAAUGAAGAAGUUGGUGCAAUUAUGUUUGGGGUUUUCCGUGGAAAAAUAGCUGAAGGAAUAGACUUCAGUGAUGACAGUGCACGAAUUGUUAUAGCGGUGGGAAUACCGUACCAAAAUAGAUUUGUAAAUGAAACAAGUCUAAAAAUAAAAUUCAAUGAUGAGAAUAAAAGUUUGAUUAAUGGAAAUCGGUGGUAUAAAAUCCAGGCAUACAGGGCCUUAAAUCAAGCUCUUGGAAGGUGUAUUAGGCACAAGAAUGACUGGGGAGCUGUGAUUUUGUUGGACUCUAGAUUCUCAAACAGAGAUGUGCAGGAUAAUCUGCCCAAUUGGAUCCAGCAGCAGUUGCAGAAUUAUCAGAGCUGGGACACAUAUUUGAAGAACUUAACAGCUUUUUGCAAAAGGAUGCAGCAAAGUAAUGAACCAAAAUCUAGUCUUUUAUAAUGUUACCUAUAGCAUAAGGAAGUUGUAACCUUUUUUGUGAUAAUAUUAACUAAAGGUACUUUUAUUUCUCUGUAUUUACUCCUUGUUUUUAUAAACUAAGUAUUCUUGGUUGAUGCCUUAGGUCUUAUCUACUCAUGCACUAACAUGUAUAAUAAUUUCAAUGUCAAAUCAUUUAUAGUAUGUCAAUUGUGUAAAUUUUCUGCUUUUGUUAAUUGGUUUAGCCAAACAGCUGAUUCUUUUGUCUCAGGUCGGAUCUGAAGCAUGUUGCUUUGUUUACAUCGUUAAUGUAAUGUUUUACAAAGAAUGGGAAGAUGAUUAGCCUACAUCACAAAUCUCGUGAGGGUCUUAAUGCUCAACCUUAGCAUCAGGUGUGUGGGCAUCACUUUCAAAAGUUUCUUUCAUGUAUUAUUUAGAAGAAUUCUGUCACACAAUUAAAAAUUGUAUUUGUAGUUAGUAAAAUACACUAUAAUUUUAUAUUUCAGUCAUAGAGUGAGUUGCUGUCAUAGUCUUAAAACCAUCAACAAGCUAAGUUGAGGCAGGCAAGUGUCUACUGACCUUGCAUACCCUAAUUAAAGUGGAGAACAUUACUGUAACAACUGUAAUAAAAAAUAAAUACUGUUAUUGAACUAGAACAAUUUGUAAUAAACUUAGUUUUUCUCACACUGAUCGGACAAUUAUAAUGACACACCACAUAUGAGUAUCUGGGUCUUGGCAUUUUUAACUACAAGUCAGUAAGUAGCAAUAGUUAGAAAGGGUAUUAAAUAUAGCAUAACACUUGGUUAAUGGAAAUGUUGUGAUAGAACAUUAAAAUCCAACUGAUAAAUAAUAGUACUAUUCCGUAAAAUUUGUGGUUUUAUUACUUGUGUGAAAAAACUUCUCUGUAAUAUAUACUGUUAAACAAAAAUUUGAGUUUAAAAUAAGGCCUUUUUUAAAGCUUAUGUAAGUAAUUAAUUUUAUACUAAAAAUAAGUAGGUCCUUACAAGGACCAAACAAUACUAUACAUAAGGCUAUAUUGUUUUAUUUUUGGAAUAAAAAUACUUGUUUUUAUAAAAAAA